AUGGCGCCCACGCUUAAGCUCAACAGCGGAUAUGAGAUGCCCCAGGUGGGCUUUGGCCUCUGGAAGGUCGACCAGGCAACUGCAGCAGAUACCGUGUACAACGCCAUCAAGGCUGGUUACCGUCUGUUUGACGGCGCAUGUGACUAUGGCAAUGAGAAAGAGUGUGGUGAGGGUGUUGCCCGCGCCAUCAAGGAUGGUCUCGUGAAGCGUGAGGAUCUCUUCAUCGUCUCCAAGCUGUGGCAGACUUUCCACGACGAGGACAAGGUCGAGCCUAUCACCCGCAAGCAGCUUGCCGACUGGCAGAUUGACUACUUUGACCUCUUCCUGAUCCACUUCCCGGCUGCCCUCGAGUACGUUGACCCUAGCGUCCGUUACCCGCCAGGAUGGUUCUAUGACGGCGAGAGUGAGGUUCGAUGGAGCAAGACCACCCUUCAGCAGACCUGGGGUGCCAUGGAGAAGCUGGUAGAGAAGGGUCUUGCCCGAAGCAUCGGUGUCUCCAACUACCAGGCUCAGUCUGUGUACGAUGCCCUCAUCUACGCCAAGAUUCGCCCUGCUACGCUGCAAAUUGAGCACCACCCCUACCUUCAGCAGCCCGACCUCGUCAACCUUGCUCAGAAGGAGGGCAUUGUCGUCACAGCCUAUUCUUCUUUCGGCCCCACUGGAUUCAUGGAGCUUGAUAUGCCUCGCGCAAAGAGCGCCGCUCCCCUGAUGGAACAUGCCGCCAUCAAGGAGAUUGCUGCUAAGCACAAGAAGACUCCCGCUCAGGUCCUCCUUCGAUGGGCCACCCAGCGCGGCCUGGCCGUCAUCCCCAAGACUUCUCGACCGGAAGUCCUGGCUCAGAAUCUGGAUUCAACCAACUUUGAUCUGGACUCCAGCGACCUGGAAAAGAUUGCAGAGAUGGAUUUGAACAUCCGGUUUAACAAGCCCACAAAUUACUUCUCUGCCGACAAGCUGUUCCUCUUUGGUUAA